UAUCUGUCUCUCUCUCUCUCUCCCUUUGCAGUGUUCCGCCAACAUUUCCACACCUUGGUGACCCCUUCAAGACAGAAAGACAAAAAGCUAGGUACUUGAAACAGAAAAAGAAAGGAAGUUAGGAAGUUGAAACAGAAGAGGAAGAAGAAGUAGUGUUGGAAGAAAAUAAAGUUGUGACAGGAAGUAAAAAGCUGCUGCAGGAAGCGGCCCAAAAUGGCGGCCAUCGAACUGCAGCGCGGUCUGGAGCGGUCUGGGCGGGGCUGGGUAACAGAGAAGGUGGAGCUUCUGGACAGCUUCGACUCAGAGAUGCAGGAAUGGGAGGACCAGCUGCAGGACAUGCAGAGGAAGAUAGAGGAGGUGAGUGGUCAACAAUGGUGAUGCGGUCCAACAAGGUCUAAACUAAAGUGAAACAUCAUCCAAAUACAUGGGACAGUCCAAACAUGGUCCAGCAUGCACAAGCACACUUCUGACAUGGUCAAACAAGAUCCUAGGUAACAUUACCUGACAUGGGGUAUCAGCAGUGUGAACAUGCUUGUGAAUAUUUUCACUUUGAGAGAAUGUCUUUCUCUGUGUGUGUGUGUGUGUGUGUGUGUGUGUGUUAUAAUAAACUGGUGGAAGCACACCCCUUCUUGAGACUCCAUGCCCCCUCUGGACUAAUGAUACAGGCAAAUGUUAACAAGCUAAUUAAACUGUGAUGUGCUGACAGACAGUCAGAACACACAUACACUGUGAAAGUUGAUAGUAAUGAACGCAUUAAAGCUUGAAAUAGCGAAGCAAGCACACAUAACAAAUGUGCAGAUUAUAAAAAUAGUUGGGUUUUGUAACUGUUUUGGGAUGGUUAUAUGGAUUGCAUAAACAAGGUUGACAUUGUCGUACGUACAGACUUGUUUUGUGUACAUAUUGUCUUGUAUCUGUAUGUACAUUUAUGUUUUGGAACACGUCUAAGUUGUAAGUGUAAAUCAUUAAUCUAACAACUAUUCCAACUUGUGUUUAUGUUGUGAAAGUAGGUUUUUGAUCAUCAUAAUGUUUUUGCUCAUGUUUCAGCUUUACAACGAGGUGCAGGCUCGUAGAGGGGAAAUUGAUGUCACCAUGGACAACGGCAAAAAUGAUAGGAUGCACAAUGGCAAUGGCUUCUGUGACCCACCUGACAGCCACAGCAACAGCACCAAGGACCACCCCAGAGCUGCUGUUGUGCCAAAUCACUAUAGCAAUGGUUGUAGUCAUGGCCCCAAUGGUUACGGCGACCCCGUCAACCAUCAGAAUGGUGGCUAUUAUCCAAAUAGCAACGGUACGGUGGAACUUGAAGAAUUGUUGCAGGAUUAUCUUGGACAUGGUCACGGAAAGACCUGGAAGACCAACUCAGCUCUCAACAAUGUGAGUAGCUACAGUAACUAAGGGUUAAAGUUGAUAGGCAGCCCCGUCCGAAAAACAACCUUUACCCUAUGUCUCACCCCUUUGGUGUUUGCAGAAAAGCAAUAUGGUAGAAACUCCACUUAGCUCAUUGGAAGACUAGACCAUAUUGAUUGUUCACUUCAAGUCUUCAAACGUUGGAGGGGCAGGGCCUAAGCAGGGUUGUUUUCAGUAAUAUACAUUUAAAUAGAUUACAUAUAACUGGCACGGCUCAAUACUCCACUGGAAAUUGCAUAAGCCAUGCCAAUGUGGCUGCAUAGCUGAAUUUGAUAUAAUGUAUCUAAGCUAGUUGCACUAUUCUGCUGCCAUGAUUAUUUUCCCUCCCAAAUAACCCUUGUCCCACUUCUCUCUCAGCAUCAGAAAGAAAUUACAGAAAGGAGCCAGGAUCAGUCUGUGCACCAGGAUGCGAUGAAGAGGAGGCCUGUUGGGAAUGAGAGGUAAGAAGGACGUCCAGAGACCUCACUGAUACUGAGAUGACAAGAUCAUUUUGAUAAUAUUAUUUUGAGAAGAUCGUUUAGAGAGUAAAAUCCGCCUACACAAUUUCGUAUUUUAGUGAUUUUACUCAUUUAAUUAUUUCCUUGUUAAUCUGUUUUAGGAUUGGUCAGGUGCGGUUUGCGGAUGAGGAGGCUGAGAACCGGAAGAACAGAGUGUCACACAGAAAGAGUUCCCCCUGCAGGGACCUUAACAAGGAGAACACAGGGGCCAAGCCCCCUCUCAGACAGAGAGAAGGCCCUCCCGUACCCCCCCGCUCCACCUCCCAGGUGGCCCUUUCCGAGACUUCCCCAGCCCUCGACAGAAAGUCCCACCCCCCUGGGGUCCUUGUAGACAAGAAGUGUGGUAGCCCCUCGGUCCUCAGGAAGUUUGGGGCCAUGCUCCAUGAGAACGAGGGGAAAACCCUCACCGACACCGGUGUGGUGACCAACCAGGUGCCUACCGAGAACAAGUGCCCCACCCCCGUCUGUCAGCGCAAAGAGCUGGGCGGCAGCAGGGUGCCUGGGCGCUUGCCUGUCCAGAAAUGCCAGGCAGAUUCCAUCGUGCUGACAGCGGAGAUGGACCCCAGCCAAGAACGAGGAUCUGGGGGGGCAGUGAGAGACUAUAGGAGAGAGAGCCAGCUGGGUGAGGGUAGAGGCACCUCAGUGGGUAGCUAUGUUCACCCUAAAGGACCCCAGGCAGGGGGUCAGAGGAGGACCCAGGAAGGAGGCAGCCCCAAGCCCAAAGCAAGGGCCCUCGGAGGGGCAGACAGAGACACAAACAUGGGUCUGGUCCAGGGGGAGAGGGUCAGGAGGCCUACAUCCCAGCCUGGGGAGCCCAUACUGGACUACAGGAACCUGAGUGGGUCCCAUGUUGGAGCUCAGAGGAUCCAGAGGGGAGGGCCAGUUGCAGGUCAGAAGAAAGACGAUGGACUCAUUGAGCUACUGGAUAUGCUGGACAUCGAGCACGAGUACAACUCCAGCCCCCGAGCCGCAAAGACUGCCUACAGACAGGACACACAGCAGGUGAGAUAGGCAUACUGUAGCAAACACACACAAACACACACACAGUCUUGUUCUGACCCACUCUUAUCGUCUCUCUCCAGGUGAGCCCAGCCGAGUCAUUCCCAGCAACCCCCUCACGGAACUUCUCUCGUCCUGCCCGCCCAGCCAAUCAACGCCCUCCAUCCAGGUGGGCUAGCUGCGCCCCCACUGCCUUGAUCUCUGCCCCCUCCGGCCCAAUGUUCCACCGCACAAGCCCCUUGGCACGCCCCCCUAGCCCCAUAGCAAGAACCCCAAGCCCCGCCCUGAAGCAGCAAUCUUUCUGCUCCUAUUUGCUCCACACCGAGACUAUCAUCAUGUGAGAGACACGUGCCCCGACCCCCUUGACCCAUUUUUAACCCCGCCUCCCCUCCCCCAAUUCAACCCCACUGGACUCAGUUGAUAUAGUCCUGCCCUCUCUGUAAAUACUAAAUACUGUUCUUUCUAUCUGUCUUGACAAAAGUGCUUUAAGAGAUUUUCUAUGAGAUUUACUUAUAAGAAACAAAAUGGUUGACUCCUAUUCAGUCUCCAGUGUUACUGUGGCCUUCCCUUCUCCUGUGCCAAACUUUUUUAUUUCUCUCACUCUCUUUUACUUCCCUUUCUGCCUUUCUUUCUUUUUCUCUUUCUUUUGUAUU